AUGACAGAAGUUACGACCGGUGCUCUCGUUGUUACGGCCGUUGUGGCUAUACUUUCAACAAUAUUUUUGAUCGUUGUGAUCGUGCUUUCACGCAGCUCACGAGUCGCUAGUAGACCGCUUCCAAACACAUCAACUAUGAUGACAUCUUCGUCGUCUAGGACGACGUCAUGGAAAUAUGAUGUGUUUCUUAGUUUUAGAGGAGAAGAUACCCGCAAGACUUUUGUAGACCAUCUCUACAAUGCACUUGUACAACAAACAGUUUGUACCUAUAAAGACAAUGAAAAACUUUCUAGGGGUGAUACCAUUGGUCCGUCUCUCUUGAGGGCUAUUCAAGAAUCGCAAAUUGCACUUAUCGUAUUCUCUAAAAACUAUGCCGAAUCUUCUUGGUGUUUGGACGAACUUGCAUACAUUAUGAAAUGCAAGGAGGAGAGAGGCCAAAUCGUUAUUCCCAUAUUUUAUGGUGUGGAUCCCUCUUAUUUAAGAAAGCAGAAUGGGCAAAUUGGCAAAGCUUUUUCCAAACAUAGGAAGUCAGCUAGAUUUGAAACAUGGAGAAAAGCACUAAAUGAUGCAAGUAACAUUGCUGGAUGGGAAACCAAGCACAUUGCCAAUGGGCAUGAAGCAGUAGGCAUCAAAAUAAUUGUCGGUACCGUUCUAGAUAAAUUGUUAUAUGUGAAUUCAGAUGUUGAUGAAAACCUUGUUGGAAUGGGGCCUCGAUUUAAAUACUUUGAGUCACAAUUGCAAAUUGGGUCACAUGGUGUGCGAAUGAUUGGGAUAUGGGGAGUUGGGGGUGGUGGUAAGACGACACUUGCCUUUUCUGUUUAUAUGAAAAUUAGGGAUAAUUAUCAAGGUCAUUGCUUUAUUGGAAAUGUUUGCGAAGAAUCAGGGAAACAUGGCUUACAAAAACAACAAGAAAAAGUUCUAUCAGAAGUUUUGAAAACAAAAGUGUUGGUGGGGAGCGUUCAUGAAGGAAGAUACAAGAUUCAGAGUAUGUUAUGUCGUAGGAAAGUGUUGAUUGUUCUUGACGAUGUUGAUGACCUUGAGCAAUUGGAGGCAUUAGUAGGAUCACAUGAUUGGUUUGGCGGGGGGAGUAGGAUAAUAAUCACAACUAGAGAUGAGCAUUUACUAACAACUCACAGGGUAGACGAGGUGUGCCCUGUGAGUUUAUUAUCAGAUGAUGAGGCUAUUCGGCUCUUCAAAAGACAUGCAUAUAAGGAGAACAACCCCGUAGAAGAUUAUGACAAUCUUUCUUUUAGGGUGAUUUCUUAUGUUAAUGGGCUCCCGUUAGCACUUAAAAUAUUGGGGUCUUUUCUUUAUGACAAAGACAAGAAUGAGUGGAUCAGUUGCUUGGAUAAGUUGAGAGAAAUACCAAACCGUAAGGUCACAGAUCAACUUAAAAUAAGUUACGAUGGACUUGAGCAUGAUGAGAAACAGAUAUUCUUAGAUAUUGCAUGUUUCUUUAGGAGGUGCCAAACAGAAAAGGCGAUGAGGAUACUUGAUGCUUGCGGGUUUCACCCUCACAUAGGGACAAAAGUGUUGAUGCAAAAAGCUCUCAUAACAAUUUCCUCAGAAGGUUUUUUUGAUAUGCACGAUCUGGUUCAAGAAAUGGGCCAACACAUUGUUAGAGGGGAAUAUCCCAACAAUCCUGAAAAACAUAGCAGGGUUUGGCGAUCUGAAGAAAUUGAAGACAUUUGUUCAAGGAAUGCAACAAUGGAAAAUAACAUGAUUGAAGCCAUCCAAUAUGCUAAAAAUGAUCCUCCAUCAAAAAACUUCACCACCCUUGUUUCCAACUUGAAGAUACUAAGAUUCCUUGAAGUGAUUACUUGGCAUGAGGACAGCUAUGAUGAAGGGCCUACCUUUAUUUCAAAUGAAAUGAGGUAUAUGGAUUGGUAUGGGUAUCCAGCAAGUCUGCUUCCUGAAACUUUUGAACCAAGGAAGCUUCUUGUUCUAGGUUUAGAUUCCACCUUGCAGAUAGAACUUUGGAAGGGUCAAAAGCAUCUACCGUGUUUGAAAGAGCUCAUUCUCUCAUAUGCGAAAUCACUAGUAAAGACACCUGAUUUUUCUGGACUCCCAUGUCUUCAAAAGUUGAUACUCCUUAAUUGUGACCGUCUAGAAGAGAUUGAUGCAUCACUUGGAAACCAUACAAGUGUUGUUAACAUAUAUGUAGGUCAUUGUGAGAAGCUUAUAAGGUUUCCAACAAUUGUUCGGAUGAAAAAACUGGAGAUUUUCGAAGUUACAAAUUGCAAUGCACUUCUUGAGUUUCCAAAGAUAGAAGCAAACAUGGAUAGCUUGGUGAACUUGCAUUUAGAAAAUGUUAGAAUAGAAGUUCUCCCAUCAUCAGUCGGAACAUAUUGUACCAAUCUUAUUUCGCUAAUGUUGAAAGAUUGUUCAAAGCUAAAGAGCAUAGACAGCAAGUUGCAUGCCUUAAAGCAUCUGAAACAGUUUAAAUUAACUGGUGUUACACAACUUGAGAAGUAUCCAAAAGAUCUGUUCGAUGAAAAUUGUUUUCUAGAGGAGCUACUUUUCGACCUGAAGUACUCUUCAGGAAUGAAUAAUCUACGACCCAAUCCUCCUAAAUUGCCACGUUUGUUAAAAAAGUUGAAUCUCAGUGGAUUCAAACUGAAAGAUGGUGAAGUACCCUGUGAGAUCAGUGAAUUAUCCAACUUACAAGAGCUAUAUCUAUGUGGCAAUCAUUUUUCACGACUGGAUUUCAGCCUCUCACAGCUUACUCGGCUUAAACUCCUCAACCUGAGUCGUUGCCACAACCUUGUUGAAUUGCCCAUGCUUCCAUCAAAUAUAGUUAUUCUUCAAGCAGACUAUUGCUACUCACUUGAAGCCAUCGGAUAUGAUAUAUACUCAAACAGUAAAUGGUUAUCUCAAGUCUCAAUUACUAAAUCAGACGGGGAAGGGUGCGGAAGCUUAGUUGGUGGUGUCAAACUACUAGAAUCAAUGCUUCAGGGAAAGAAUAUUCAAAAUCAUCACUGUAUGAGCCUCAAUCUACAAGGCUUGGAGAUUCCUAAGGCGUUUGAGCCUCGUUUGGUUAGAGGGAAUAGAUUUAGAUUGAAACUUGCAGAGAAUUGGUACAAUGAAUAUACUGGAUUCCUAUUCUGCGCUGUUUUGAAGGAAUACAACCGGAACCGGAUUGGUCCUGUAAAGAUAACAAUGAGGCAGGAGGUGGUGCACAUAAGAAUGUGGGAUUCUCAAGUGUUUUGGGAGCAGGAGAGUGUUAAUGAUGAUAAGUUACACACAUGGGUUGGUCGACUUUUCCAUUGA